GCAAAACAAGACUGCUCCACUGCUAGGACUCUUUUGGGUGUCAAGAAUUGGGUAACUCUUUUCCGGCCCUCUCAUUUAUCACUCAAAAGCUAGCAAGAGAAGGAGAAGGUUCCUCUUUGAAGACGCAGAUCCACCAUGCAGGGCAGAGGAAUUGUUCUUCUGGGCUUGAUCUGUCUCACUUCCAGGAUAAGGACACAAACAAAUAAAGAUCAGGAUAAGUGUGCAGAUUCCACAGUGUGCCCACCAUAUUCCAUCUGUAUCAAUACCCCAGGAAGCUACAGAUGUAACUGCAAACCUGGUUUUGUAAUGAUGAAAAGUAACAGAAUGGAGUGCCAAGAUGUGGAUGAAUGUUCUGAGAAUCCCCAUCGUUGUGGUCCCAAUACCCAAUGCACCAACACCUUUGGAAGUUAUAUAUGUAGCUGUUUGUCUGGAUUCUCUUCUCCCAGUGGAAACUCUUGGAAGCCUGGAAAGACACGGCCUUUCCAAUGUACAGAUCAGGAUGAGUGUGCAGAUUCCACAGUGUGCCCAUCAUACUCCAUCUGUAUCAACACCCCAGGAAACUACACUUGUAACUGCAAACGUGGUUUUUUAAUGAUAAAAAGUCAUGAUAACAGAAUGGAGUGUCAAGAUGUGGAUGAAUGUUCUGAGAAUCCCUUUCGUUGUGGUCCCAAUACCAAAUGCACCAACACCUUUGGAAGUUAUAUAUGCAGGUGUUUGUAUGGAUUCUCUUCUCCCAGUGGAAACUCUUGGAAGCCUGGUAGGACAAAGCCCUUGAAAUGUACAGGCCUUCCACUUUUUCCAACAUCCAACAACUGUCUGGACCCCAUGACCUGCCCUAAUAAUUCAAGGUGCACAGAUACAGGAAAGGGUUACUACUGUUCCUGUAACCCUGGAUUUGCACUGGCCUCUGGAGAACGAAUCUUCACUGACCCAGAUGAGAAAUGUGAAGAUCAGGAUGAGUGUGCAGAUUCUACAGUGUGCCCAUCAUAUUCUAUCUGUAUCAACACCCCAGGAAACUACACUUGUAACUGCAAACGUGGUUUUUUAAUGAUGAAAAGUAAUGAUAACAGAAUGGAGUGUCAAGAUGUGGAUGAAUGUUCUGAGAAUCCCUUUCGUUGUGGUCCCAAUACCAAAUGCACCAACAUCUUUGGAAGUUAUACAUGCAGCUGUUUGUCUGGAUUCUCUUCUCCCAAUGGAACCUCUUGGAAGCCUGGUAGGACAGGGCCUUUCCAAUGUACAGAUAUCAAUGAGUGUCUCAGUGAAACAGCUUGCCCCCAGCAUUAUACCUGUUGGAAUACUCCAGGAAGUUUUGAUUGUACCUGCGGAGCUGGAUUCACCUUUAUUAACUCUCAAUGUGAAGAUGUGGAUGAAUGUAUGGAUGUCACAGCUUGUCCAGCACAUGCUAUGUGUACCAACACACCAGGAAACUAUUCUUGCACCUGCAACCUUGGCUAUAAGUCUAGUACUUCAGAAGUGAGCUUCCAAAACCAAGGAACACAGUGCAAAAGGGUUCUUGUCAAGUGCAAAGAAGACUUGGAUCAGGAACAGGUGCAGCAUUGCCACAGCAACUCAACUCUCCCUGGACUCCCAGAAUAUACACAGACUUCCUUCUGCACGCUAGUGGACUCCAUCUUCAAUGUUCUGGAAGACACCUGUGAAAAUAAGACCACCACUGUGUCUUUAGAGAAAGCUGCUGAGAAGUUGACAUCUGUUCUCGAAGACGCAUCCACAUGGCACAACUUGAAUAAGAAGGAGACCUCAACCCUGGCAAUAAUUUUUCUGGACAGUGUGGAGAGUGCCACAUUGGAAGCUUUUGACAGUCUUUCUGGGAAUGCCAGUCAGACAGUGACAAAUGAAUAUCUAGAGAUUGAGAGCAAAGUUAUUCAAGAUGACUGCUUGGCCAAAAACUUAGUCUUGUCAGCCAAAGGUGAUUCCAUGAAGAUUGAGUGCAGUACCAUCAAUGAAUCUAUAUCCUCGGGCACAUUGUCAGGUAUCACAGGAGUAGCUUUUACCUCUCUCCUGGGCAUGGAGUCCAUUCUGGAUGAAAAUUUCUUCUACAAUCCAGAGGCUAACUUGACCAGCUCUCCUCAGAGGCUUUGGAUGAAUUCUCACAUUAUAGGUGGUAUUAUCACUGGCAACAAGAAAGAUGGUUUCUCCAAUCCAAUCAUCUAUACUUUGGAGAAUCUCCAGCCAAAGAAGAGAUCGGACAUAUCCAUCUGUGUCUCCUGGGAUAUAAAUGUUGAAGGUGGGCGGUGGACACCUAAAGGCUGUGUGACACUUCAUUCUACUGAAACACACACCCAGUGCAGCUGCAAUCACCUGGCCAACAUGGCUGUUAUCAUGGCCUCUGGGGAAAUUACGAUGGACUUUGCCUUGUUUGUGAUAAGCCAUGUGGGGAUGAUUCUUUCACUAGUGUGUCUUGCCUUGGCCAUUGCCACUUUCCUGCUGUGCCGCUCCAUCCAGAAUCACAACACCACCCUCCACCUGCACCUGUGCAUCUGCCUCUUCCUGGCUAAGCUCCUCUUCCUCACAGGAGUGGCCAAGACAGAGAAUAAGAUAGUGUGUGCAGUCAUUGCUGGCCUGCUGCACUACUUCUUCCUGGCCUGCUUUGCCUGGAUGCUGGUGGAGGCUGUGAUGCUUUUCCUGAUGGUCAGGAACCUCAAGGUUGUGAACUACUUUAGCUCCCGAAAUAUCAAAGUGAUCUAUCUCUGUGCCUUUGGUUAUGGUCUUCCGGCACUGAUUGUAGUGGUGGCUGCUGGAAGCCGGUGGGAAGGCUAUGGGAUGCAUAACCGCUGCUGGCUAAAUACGGACACUGGAUUCAUCUGGAGUUUUCUGGGACCUGUUUGCACAAUAAUAAUGAUUAAUUCAAUACUCCUAGCAUGGACCCUUUGGAUUCUGAGAAAGAAGUUGUCCAGCGUCAAUGCAGAAGUAUCGACCCUCAAGGACAACAGGUUACUGACAUUUAAAGCCUUUGCUCAACUCUUCAUCCUGGGAUGCUCCUGGAUUCUGGGAAUUUUUCAGAUUGGUCCCAUAGCUAGAACCAUGGCUUACUUAUUUACCAUCAUCAAUAGCCUGCAAGGAACCUUCAUUUUCAUCAUCCACUGUGUCCUCAAUCGCCAGGUACGAGAAGAAUAUAAAAAAUGUUUCACAGGGAAAGUCAAAUCUAGCACCAUUUCUCAGUCUUCAGGAAUCUUGUUAUCCUCAGUACCAUCCACUUCCAAAAUGGACUGAAGUCUCUUUUAGCUCCUGAAGAUAUUACAGAGUAACAAGGAAUAUGUCAGCAAAGACAAAUUCAAUGGGAUUCUUUUGUAAGCUAUUCAAAGCUUAAUAUGAUAAUACAGCAGGAUAGUCACCUGGCACAGUUGUCAAGUACA